GAAGUUUUAAAGAGACCGGUCAGACAGGAUAAAGUAUAGGCAUGACCACAUGACAACUUUGAGUGAUCUAUCUCUGACCUGGGGGCUGGGAGGGUAGUUGUGUGACCAGUUGUAUGACCAGGUGUUUCUUUGUGUGUUAGCUGACCAGGGAACACGCUGCUCUGUAUAUAAACCCGUGUGUUUGAACACACAGUGUGGUUGCUGCAUUAAUGCUGUCACCAUCCAGAGCUCUGUGCAACAUUGAUCCAAUCCUUUAGUAAUCGGAAGAGAAAGAGGACGAACUAUUAGCAAACGUGUGAAUAAACAUAUAAAAAGGAGGAGCUACUGAGAAAAAAAACACUUUAGACACUUUACCAAAGUCGACGGUCAUUCAAGAUGCAGUUGUUGCUUUUACUUGUGGUACUGGGAACAGUAUCUGCUGGAGUUCAAGACCUUUCUGGCAAAAUGUUUACCUUCCCACAGUUAACAGACUCAGCUCAUGUGAGACUGAACCCAAUAAAACUGGACUACAAUGCUGUAACUGUCUGUCACAGAUCUGUUACAGACAUCGAGAGAGACCACGCCAUAUUUUCUUUAGCUACACCUUCUCAAAACAAUGGCUUCCUGACUUUUUGGAAGAACGGAAACCGAGAGAUCCAGCCCCAUAUCAGAGGUGCAAGGGUUGAAUAUGGAGGAUGGGACUACACGUUAAACAAGUGGCACUCCAUCUGCACCACAUGGGACUCUGAGAAGGGACUGGUGCAGAUCUGGGUUGAUGGGAUACCUUCAAUCAGGAAAUUCAUCAGCUCUGGAGCCAUCAGUGGGGCAGUCAAAAUUGUUUUAGGACAGGACCAAGAUACUUUUGGUGGAGGGUUUGACGUUAACCAGAGCUUUGCUGGCAUGAUAACUGAUGUCCACAUGUGGGACUACACCCUAUCUUCAUGUGAGAUCCAGAACUACAUGAGCGAAAUGAGCCUCACUCCAGGAAAUGUGCUGAACUGGAGGGCGCUUGACUUUGAGAUAGUUGGAAAUGUGCUGAUUGAAGACAAACCUGUUUGUCAUCCUGCAUAAAUAUAUGCGGAAUAUAAUAAAGCAUAGCAACUGAAACACAUGUUCCAAUGGUUGUUCAUUGACUUGAUUAUUUGAGAUUAUUGAAUAAUUACAUUUACAACAGUUUGCUAUUUUUUGUAUUUUGCAUGAACAAAAAAAAAAUAAGUGAAAAAGCAAGUUUGUUUUAUUUUAUUAUAGCUAAUUCAUUAAGGAGCCUCCACAGCAAAUCAUUUUAAGACCUGAACUUAGGACCAGCAUAUAACAACUAAGAACAAUCCCCUUGUGUGGAUGUUGUAACUUUGAGCAGUCUCUCAUUGUGCUUAAUUAUAUCAUAAAGCAAUUUUCCAAUAAAAAAAACAUACACCUUAGAGAGUUGUACAUAAAAGAACAAACAUAUCACAGUUAACAAAAAAAAAAACAAAAAAAACACUUUCCCCAUACAUCAAGAAUGAAACCCCAAAUGCAGAUCAAACCACUUAUAUAUAUAUAUAUUAUAUAUAUAAAUAAAA